CUGGAAGAAGAGACUAUUUACUACAGUUUCGUGUUGCCUCGCGUCACACUCGGGAUUUGUCAUCUAAAAGCAACAUCACAGGAUUUGAAGUGCAGAUCCGUUAUUUUCCUCCCUCGCCGCUCUCGUGGAGAUCAUGGCCGAAGCCUCAGAUGCGAACAGGUUGUGCACUGCAGCCGCGAGAGGAGACCUGAGAGAAACCCAACUGAUACUACAAGGCAACGUUGACGUGAAUGAGAGGAACAAAUUCGGCAGGGCACCAUUGCAGGUGGUGAAGCUGGGCUGUCCCAGAGUGGCGGAGGUCCUGCUGCAAGCCAAGGCGGACCCGAACGCGCGCGACCCGGUCAAGCGCCUCACGAUAGCGCACGAUGCGGCGCGCGACGGCUACGUGGACAUGCUCGAGGUGCUCGUGACUUACGGCGCCGACGUCAACCUUCAGGACAGCGACGGCAACCUGCCUUUGCACCUGGCUUCGCGUGAGGGCCACCUGAACGCCGUGCGCUACCUGGCGCCGCUUACCGCUUGGCCCUUCCUGCGCAACCGCGAGGACUUCACGCCGCUCGACACGGCGCUCGCGCACCACAGAGCGGACGUCGCCCAGUGGCUGCAAACCUACAGGCCCCCCGCAGCCACAGCGCCCAGCUUAGACUAGAGACCAUCAGGCUUCGCUGUGUGACAGAGGUAGGCUAGCGAACAUGCUGAACGUGCGUUCUGAAGUAGCAGAGAAGUAUUCAGCCAACUACCUCUUUUCCUGCAUUGUGAAAUCUCAGCUGUGAUCCUGUGAGCUCGAGGGAGGCUCAUGUUAAGCACUCACAGGGGCGCCCUGCAUUUACACAUACACACUAGUUAUGUUGCAUCUUGCAUUACAUUAUUAUAACCCCCCCAGUUUCCACAAAGCACGGUAGUGUUGAGAUCAUCUGAAUGAUUAGUAGCAUCCCAGAUAGCAAGAGGAUAGCGGGCCACUGCUGGCCAGCUGACGGUAAAGCUGGUGGCUCCUUGGGGUUUAGGCGGAGUGUUAGACAAAACGCCACUGUCCAGCGCUCUAUUAACUUAUUCUUCCUCCAUUUCUUUCUCUCGUUAUCAUUUGUAAGUGAGUUUAGUAAAUAAUUUUAAAGACAAAAUCAGGAAUAACGCCGGAUAUGCAGCUGUAACCAAUCUAGCAGUUUCAGCCACAACAUUUUCAAAAAAUUCAUUUUAUAUUAGGUUUGUUAUGUAUUCUCCCUCAGUUGUUUGUAAUAUCUGUUUUAGUUUAAUUCCUAAAAUAAAAGUCUAUGUGAAUUUAAAAUCUAUUUGAGAAGAUUACAGACUAGUUAGAUCUUGUAUGCAGCAGAGUAAACUGGGUGGUCCAGCAGAUCGAUGUAUGCUUGCUAUCUGGGAUUCAAGGUGUGAUCUUUUUUUUCAACAGCACGUUUAUGUGAAAUUCAUGAAAUCCCUGUUUUUUUAUUUGAAAAUGUGACUUUUAUCUGGCAAGCUGCGCCCUACGCCCGUGCAGCUGCCACUGCAGUUUUGAUGUCAUUACACUUGUGCACUUGUGCACAACACCGCAAAACUCCAGCAAAGGAGCACAACGUAUGACCGGAGGAAUCAAUGGAGCAUUCACGUUUAAAUCAACUAAAAAUGGGAAAACAAACAAAAAAAAAAAACUUUUUUGAAAAUGAAGUGUAUUUUACUGAAAAGGUUUUGCACUAGGCCUAUAAAGAUCAGAACCGGGAGAUCUGAUACUAUGCCCUUUUGUUCCUGUUUGUCGAUUGCACUUUUGCUUGUACAUAAUGCAUUUUAUUACUUGUCAGAUUUAACUGUGAACGAAUAUCUUUUUGUUGCAACGAGACAUAUUUGCAAAAUAACCAAAGACAGUCGGCUGAACGGUUUCCAAACAAGGUGCCAUCUUUACCUUAGACUCUGGAUCCUACAUACAGGCUCAGGAGGGGUUUGACUCGCAUUGACUGAAAGAUUAGCUGUGAAAAGCUGCAGACCUGGCGUUGGGAAGCCUGAGUAAAAACGAGUGGAUGUAGCUUUCCAGAACAUUACUAAUUGAUUGGUGAAUGAUUUAAUAUGAAAUAAUAAAACGGUGCCACUAAA